UUUGUUUUUUUUUUUUUUUUUUUUCUUGACUGGUAAUUCCCCGGAUUUUACCUUCCCCGGAUCCUGCACCUCCAGCCCAACGACCAACCAACCCGAUUUAUUCAGGGUACUUGGCUACAUACUUACCCACCUUCAUAGUACACAUUGUACCCUCCUGCGAAACAUCUGGUCAAGUAUAUAGAAGCCGGCUGAACUUGCCGAAGGGAGAAAACUAUAAAAACAAAAUAAAUAAACCAAGUCACCAUGGAAAAAACAAAGCGGGAUACUCUUGACUCGACCGGAGACGCCGUGCCCGCUCCCCAGGACAUGGCCUCGCAUCAGGCUAAGCGUGUCAAAAUGGGCAACGGGGCACCCGGCGCCGUGGAACUCUGGAGACACCCGGAUCCGAAGUCCACACCCAUGUGGAAAUUCCUCGAGCACGUCAACUCCACCAGGUCCCUCAGCCUCGCGAGCUACGAGCAGCUGCACAAGUGGUCCACCGCCGACCCCGCUGCCUUUUGGGGCGAUGUCUGGCACUACGCCGGCGUCGUGGCUUCCAAGCCUUACGACGAGGUCCUGCCAGAGGGUGGCAUGUUCCCGAGGCUGAAUUUCUUCAGCGGCGCCCUCUUGAACUUUGCCGAGAACCUCUUGUUCCCGCCGGGCGUCGACGUCGACCCGUCGGCCGUUGCCGUCAUCACCGCAACUGAGACCGACGAAAAGGAAACGACCUGGGCCGAGCUUCGGGACAUGGUCAGCCGGUGUGCCGUGGCGCUGCGGGCCGCCGGGCUCCAGCGCGGGGACGUCGUGGCCGGCUACAUCUCCAACCACGUCGAGGCCCUCGUCGCAGCGUUGGGUGCGGCCAGCAUCGGUGCUCUGUGGACCGGCAUCAGCCCGGACAAUGGCGUCAGUGCCGUGCUCGAUCGGCUUGUCCAGGUCAGACCUAAAGUGCUGUUUGCCGACAAUGGCACAACCUACAACGGCAAGUCGUGGGCCAGCACGCCCAAGACCCUGGAGAUAGUUGGGGAGCUCAAGAAGAACGGCCUUGAGCUUGUAGUUGUCACCAGAAACCUACAGGCUAUCGACUUGUCCCUGGACGAGAUCCGUGCUCUCGACGUCAAAGCCGACGACUUUGACGCGUUCCUGGCUGCAGCGCAGGUGGAGCAGAACGUCACAGGCUCGCAGCAGCAAUUUGAACAGCUACCAUCUGACCAUCCGCUCUUUAUUCUUUAUUCCUCGGGAACGACAGGUGUACCAAAGGCAAUCGUACACUCGGCUUUGGGUACUCUAAUUCAGCACAAGAAGGAACACCUUCUUCAUGGCUCGCUAAGUUCCAAGUCGCGAAUGCUUUACUUUACAACUACAUCAUGGAUGAUGUGGCACUGGAGCAUAACCGCCCUCUCCGUUGGCACAUCCUUGGUUCUGUAUUCCGGUUCUCCAUUCCGUCCAGACGGCUACUUGUCACUCCCAAAGCUACUUUCCAAGCUCAAGGUAACCCACUUCGGCACUUCGGCGGCCUACCUGACCGCCCUGGAAGCAAACAAAAUUUACCCCGUAGGCGAACCUGGCAUCGAUCUUUCUUCACUCGAGGGUAUCUACUCCACCGCUGCCCCUCUGCCGCCCUCAACAUUUGCCUUUGUAUACGAAGCCUUCCCAUCCAAGAUCCACCUGGCCUCGAUAACCGGUGGCACAGAUAUCAUCUCCCUCUUCGGUGCGCCGUGUCCGCUGCUCCCUGUCCGCGCGGGCGAGGUCCAAUGCGCCGGCCUGGGAAUGGCCGUGGCCGUCGUAGACUCUGCGUCGGACCCAGACAAGCCCGUGCUCAUCACGGACGGCGAGCCGGGCGAUCUCGUCUGCACCGUACCCUUCCCCUGCCAGCCGCUGACCUUCUUUGGCGACGGAGGCGACGAAAAAUACCGCAAAGCAUACUUUGAGCGCUUUCCCGGCAUGUGGCACCACGGAGAUUUCGUCCGUCAGGUGGACGGCCCCUCAGGUGGGCUCGUCAUGCUCGGCAGGUCCGAUGGCGUGCUCAAACCAGCCGGCGUGCGGUUCGGCUCCGCCGAGAUCUACAACAUCCUCACCAAGUUCUUCCCCGGCGACGUCGAGGAUGCGCUCUGCGUUGGCAGGAGGCGUGAGGGUGACACGGACGAGGCGGUCUGUCUGUUUGUCGUCCCCGCUGCCGGCAAGACGUUUGAUGAUGAGCUCAAGGGUCGGAUAAAGACGACGAUCCGCAGCGAGCUGAGCCCCCGCCACGUCCCGGCAUUUAUCGAGGAGGCCCAGGGCGGCAUUCCCAAGACUGGCAACGGUAAAAAGAUCGAGGUCGCUGUCAAGCAGAUCAUCUCGGGGAUGCAGGUGAAGACAAACGCGAGUGUGGCCAAUCCCGAGUCACUUGACUGGUUCAGGGCCUGGCACGAGCAGCACCCGUAGACGGGGUCAUUGCUGCUUCUUGUAGAGGCCGACACCUUUUGAGACAGCCAGCCCUCUAUAAUCCAAGAAAAGUUUUCCUCAUGCAAACGCAUAGGAGAGGACGGACAGGUACUGGUCUAGACAAAGUAAACCUUAGAUAAAAUUUAGAUAUCUUGUCGCGCUGGAUUCCACUACAUUUAAUCAGCCCAUGCUAAAAUCAACCACGAAUCAGCUGAACAAGUAGUCAAACCUUACACGAGCAGAGUUCAACCUAUGCAAGAAGGUGCAUGAACAGGUGUACGAAAUUGUCGGGACAGGGAGGCAUACGUACGCGCAGGAGCUAUUAUCAGC